GAUUGACGUUCCUUUCUCUCUCUACCAUUUCCUUUUUUUCUUUUUCUCUCCACCUCCAUUGUCCAAACACCAAAAGAUACAUGCACAAAGGAGAUAGUUCUCGUUCUUUUGUCAUUUAAUGCCAUUUACAGAUUGUUGUGAUCUCAAAAAGCCAUUUUCAAUUCAUGGACUAUUUGGUUCCAAAUGGAGGAGUGCAAAAGGUCCACAUUUCUUCAUACCCAGGGCAUAAAUUUGAGGUCCAGGAGAUUGCAAAUCAACAAUAAUGGAGUUUGGGAAGUUUAUUUAAAAGAAUAUUUGCAUUCGGUGAUUAAAUAAUUGAAUUAGUUCUUCAGGGGUGUUGAUUUUUACAUGAAGAAAGAUUUUCUAGGUUUGAAAAUGCUAUUUUUGAUCUGGGUUUUUGAGGGGAAGAAGAAAAGAAUUUCCGUUAUUCAUUAUUAGGAUUACAAAAGCUCCCCACGCACCAAAAAGGGGAUCAUUAUCAGGCUUUAUACAAAUUCUUCGAUGAAGGCACCACCAGAAACAUGGUUGCCACCGGCCACCACCACCCCAACCACCGCUUCCCGGAAAAAGAUGUCUAAACAGGUGACGGGGAAACGAGAUGAUACCCCUUUGCAUACAGCUGCAAGGGCAGGGAACAUCAACGCAGUAAUGGAGAUUUUAGGUGAUUGUUAUUGUGAAGAAGAAUUGAUUUCAUUGCUUUCCAAGCAGAAUCACGCCGGUGAAACGGCGCUGUAUGUGGCGGCAGAAUACAGUUACGUUGAUUUGGUUAGGCUCUUGAUCGAUCAAUAUGAUAUGGCAACAGCCAGCAUUAAAGCCAAUAAUGGAUUCGAUGCUCUUCAUAUUGCUGCUAAACAAGGAGAUUUAGAGACUCUAAUGGUUUUAAUGGAGGCCCACCCAGAAUUAUCAAUGACGGUUGAUAUAUCAAACACCACAGCCUUACACACGGCGGCGAUGCAAGGCAACAUUGAGGUGGUGAACUAUCUAUUGGAGAUUGAGAGUAGUUUGGCAUCAAUAGCAAGAAGUAAUGGGAAAACGGCUUUACAUUCGGCUUCAAGAAACGGGCAUGUUCUAGUGGUGAAGGCUCUUUUGGAGAAGGUACCCGGGAUAUCUUCAAGGAAUGAUAAGAAGGGACAAACUGCCCUUCACAUGGCGGCAAAAGGCCAAAAUCAUGAGGUGGUUGAAGAGUUGAUCAAGGCGGAUCCGUCGUUGAUAAAUAUGGUUGAUGCAAAGGGGAAUACUUCUUUGCAUAUUGCAACCCGUAAAGGCCGGGUUCAGAUUGUUAAGAUGCUACUAGCUCGUAACGAAAUAAACACAAGAGUUGUGAAUAGGUCGAACGAGACUGCAUUUGACACGGCCCAUAAAAUGGGCCAUCCCGACAUAGGAUGCAUCUUAGAAGAACACGGUGUCCCAAGUGCCCGUGUCCUAAAACCUUCAACAACUCCAGCCCGAGAGCUAAAACAAACUGUAAGCGACAUAAAACAUGAGGUCCAUGAUCAACUCGAACACACUCUCCAAACUCGACGAAGGGUCCAAGGCAUUGCGAAACACCUCAAUAAAAUGCACGCCGAGGGCCUCAACAACGCGAUAAACUCCACCACCGUGGUGGCCGUGUUAAUCGCCACGGUUGCAUUCGCCGCCAUUUUUACAGUCCCAGGACAAUAUGUCGAUGAUCCAAGCAAUAUACCCGAGGGUUUUUUGCUCGGUGAGGCGCAUAUUGCCCCACAGCCCGCGUUUAUAAUCUUCUUUGUUUUCGACUCCGUGGCUCUAUUUAUCUCGUUAGCAGUUGUUGUGGUUCAAACCUCGGUGGUGGUUAUUGAAAGCAAAGCGAAGAAGCAAAUGAUGGCUGUUAUCAACAAGCUAAUGUGGUUGGCUUGUGUGCUUGUAUCGGUGGCGUUUUUGGCCCUUGCGUUUAUUGUGGUCGGGAAGCAUGAGAAAUGGCUAGCGAUUUGUGUGACCAUUAUAGGAACGUGUAUAAUGGUCACAACUUUGGGGUUGAUGUGUUAUUGGGUGAUUAUGCAUCGAAUUGAAACAUCAAAUAUGAAAAAUAUGAGAAGGAAAUCAAUGUCGGGUACCGAAAGUAGGUCGGGGUCGAGGUCUAGGACAUGGUCGAUUUCUGUACUUUCAGAUACGGAUCCUAUGAAUACCGAGUUCAAGAACAUGUAUGCAAUCUAAAAAAAAAUACAUUUUGAGUAAGAUCUUUUUGGUUCAAUUAGGCAUGACUGGUAAUUUAAUCG